AUGAUACAUGGUGAAUGUUUUGUGUGUAACAGGGAGAGAAUGGGAGAAGGCCUCAUGGUCGAGACAGCCCGGGAUCCAAAAUGCCCAAAGGUGUCAGCAGUGAGCACCAUAGUGAACAGGGGUCUGCCUCUGAAGGCCUAUGUGUUCAGGAACUACAGCAUGCUACCAGGGGUCAGGUCCCACUACAUAGGAGACUGUAAACACAAGAUGUGGCAGGCCAUCAGAGCCUCCUCCGCCGCCCCAGGGUACUUCCAGGAGUAUACACUGGGAAAAGACCUGCACCAGGAUGGUGGUCUCCUCAUCAACAACCCCACAGCGUUGGCCAUCCAUGAGUGUAAGCUGCUGUGGCCCAACACCCCAGUGCAGUGUGUUGUCCUGGGUACGGGUCGCUAUGAGACCGUCAACAAGAACAACACCACCUCCACCAGUCUCAAAGCCAAGAUCACCAACGUCAUCAGCAGUGCCACCGACACAGAGGUUUUGGUCCACAUCAUGCUGGACGCCCUCCUUCCACCCAACACCUACUUCCGUUUCAACCCCUACAUGAGCGAGGACAUCCCAUUGGACGAGAGCCGCCCGGAGAGGCUGACCUUCCUGCAGGAGGAAGGAACUCGCUACCUGGAGAGGAACGAAGCCAAGCUGAACAAGGCAGCGUCGGUGCUGGCUCUGGAGAAGAGCGCCAUCCAGAGGCUGGCUGAAUGGUGCAAACUGAAGGCCGACAUGUACGAGGGCUUGCCCUUCAUCUCCAAACUGUAGGGGACGUCUAGAGGUGAAAGGUCAGACAGGCUGAGAGACACUCAUUUAGACUGAUUAUGAAGAUAAUAUAGGAGCCGUAAAGGUCUGACAUGUACGAGGGCCCUUCAUCUCCAAAC